AUGGCGAAGCUGAUAUUACUCACCCUCCUGGGGCUGGGACUGGGACUCAUCAGGGAUUACCGGUCUACUUACCAAAAACGACUUAAUGCGGCCCGAGAAGUGACACCAGUGGAGCUUCCUAACUGCCGUUUGAUUAAAGGAAUAGACACUGGUUCUGAAGACUUGGAGAUACUCCCUAAUGGACUGACUUUCAUUAGCACCGGAUUACAAUAUCCUGGAGUAAAGAGCUUUGAACCCAACAAGCCUGGAAAAAUCCUUCUGAUGGACCUGAAUAAGGAAGACCCAGCAGUGUUGGAAUUGAAAAUCACUGGCAAUAACUUCAAUUUGUCUUCAUUUAACCCUCAUGGGAUCAGCACAUUCACAGAUAAAAAUAACACUGUGUACCUGCUGGUGGUGUCCCAUCCAGAUCUUAAGUCCACGGUGGAGUUGUUUAAAUUUCAAGAAGAAGAAAAAUCGCUUUUGCAUCUGAAAACCAUCAGACAUGAACUUCUGCCUAAUUUGAAUGAUCUUGUCGCUGUGGGACCAGAGCAGUUUUAUGCCACAAAUGAUCACUAUUUCGUUGACCUCUACUUACGAUCCUGGGAAGUGUAUCUGGGUUUAGCAUGGUCAUAUGUUGUUUACUACAGUCCAAACGACGUUCGUGUUGUGGCAGACAGAUUCGAUUUUGCUAAUGGAAUCAACAUUUCACCUGAUGGGAGGUAUGUCUAUGUAGCGGAAUUGCUGGCUCAUAAGAUUCAUGUGUAUGAAAAGCAUGCUAAUUGGACUUUAACUCCAUUGAAGUCGCUGACCUUUAACACAUUGGUUGAUAACAUAUCGGUGGACCCAGUGACAGGGGACGUUUGGGUUGGAUGCCAUCCCAAUGGCAUGAGACUCUUCUCCUAUGACGAAAAGAAUCCUCCUACAUCAGAGGUGAUCCAAAUCCAGAACAUUUUAACAGAUGAACCCAAAGUAACAGUAGUUUACUCGGAAAAUGGCACAGUAUUGCAAGGAAGUACAGUUGCUUCUGUGUACAAAGGGAAACUGCUGAUUGGCACCGUGUUCCACAAAGCUCUUUACUGUGAGCUGUAACAGGCCUAUUUGCAUUCAUACCAUGGAAACCAUCAUUUUCAACCAGUUGCCACAUUCUAAGGGGCUGCAGUGAUCUCAUCUGAACAAUGAAUUUAGACCCU